AUGGCACCAAAAAGAAAACACGAGAUGAUCGAUGUAGAAAUACCCAAACUACCUACACAUGAUUCAAAACGCACAAAAUUGUUUGUUAUUGGUAGCAACGAUUGUGGUGAACUCGGCUUAGGUGACAGUUUUAAAGAAGUGAAAUAUCCUAGACAUGCUAAAAGUUUGGUCGAUUUUCCUAUUGUGAAAAUUAGUUGUGGAAGUUUACACGUAGCAGCUCUAACUCGAGAUGGAAAGGUUGUUACUUGGGGUUGCAAUGAUGAAGGUGCAUUGGGCAGAGUUACUAAAAGUGAAGAAAAUCCAAAUGAAACUGAUGAAAAUGUACCAGCAUAUGCUCAAGGUCUUGAUAAUAUAAUUAUAGUCAAGGUCGCUUGUGGUUCAAAUAUAACGUUUGCUUUAUCUGAUAAAGGCCAAUUAUAUGCUACAGGAACAUUUAGGGAUAAUAACGGGAAUACUGGGUUUACCUCAGCAAUUAAUAAGCAAUCAAUGUUCGUGAAAUACGGCCCUACUUCCCACUUAAAAAUUGCUGACAUCGCUGUCGGAGACAAUCACGCGUUAAUGUUAACGACUCAAGGUGAUUUAUACACUUUUGGAUGCAUGGAUUCUUAUCAGCUUGGAAGAAGAAUAUCGGUACGUAAGCCUAAUGGCUUAAGAUUGAUUCCUGAAAAAAUAUCAAUAAACCGAAUUAUAAAGGUUUUUGCUGGCGGAUACCACAGUUUCGCGGUCGGUGAUGGUGGAAUUACGUAUAUAUGGGGUCAAAAUGCGGAGGGUCAAUGUGGUAUUGAAUCGCCGAAUCCUAUUGUAACUCCAAUGAGGUUAGAAUUCUUCGAAAAUUUAUCCAGUGUGAAACAAAUUUCCGCAGGACUUCACCAUACGUUGGUCCUUCUAGAAAAUGGUGAUGUUUAUAGUUUUGGCAACACUAGAUAUGGACAAUUAGGCAUUGGUGCUUCGGAAGGAAACCGAAAGUCUCCUGGUUUUGGCGGAACAUAUGCCCUGGGAAAUCGAAGUGAAAAUAACGAGUUAUUACCAUUCGAACUUAAAUGUAAAGAAUUUGGGGAAAUUUCAGCAAUUGGGGAAG